UCUGUUGCUGCGUUGGUUCAGCAGUCUCCGAUCAGACUCGGUCUAGACCUGCCUGGUGGACGAAAGCGCCAUGGUAUACAUUGACAGACCCAGUGUGCUGCCAGCAGCCAUGAUGGCCAACGUCACAAGGCAAUUAGAGCCAUCGGACCCUUCCGCUUACUCAUACGAGGUGAAAAUGUUGGGAUGGAACACUCCGCCUGAGUACAUGGAAUUCGUCAACCCGCACUGGAAGUCGUUCGAGACUCCGAAUCCAUACCUGCACUACAUGCUGGGUGUGUUCUACAUCUUCUUCAUGUUUGCCGCCCUGUGCGGAAAUGGCGUCGUUAUCUGGGUCUUCUCCAGCGCCAAAAGCCUCAGGACUUCCUCGAAUAUGUUCGUCGUCAAUCUGGCAGUACUGGAUUUCAUCAUGAUGCUGAAGACGCCGGUGUUCAUCGUGAAUUCCUUUAACGAAGGACCUAUCUGGGGCAAGCAGGGGUGCGACAUUUUCGGCGUCAUGGGGUCGUACGCUGGCGUCGGAGGAGCCGUGACAAACGCUGCCAUCGCCUUCGAUAGAUACAAAACGAUCGCCAAGCCAUUCGAGCCAAAAAUCAGCCGAGGGACGGCCUUCCUAAUGGUCCUUGGAAUUUGGGCCUACGCUACCCCCUGGACCGUUCUACCUCUCCUGAACAUCUGGGGUAGAUUCGUUCCCGAGGGAUUUCUGACAACCUGUUCCUUCGACUACCUGACGCAGAAUGAAAACACGAGAACCUUCGUAGCCUGUAUCUUCUUCUUCGCUUUCAUCUUGCCAGGCACUUUCAUCGUAUUCUUCUACAGUCAGAUAUUCAGUCAUGUCCGUUCGCACGAGAAUGCAAUGAGAGCCCAGGCGAAGAAAAUGAACGUGGAGAACCUGCGCAGCGUGGGAUCGAAAGAGGAGCAAGAGAAGACUGCCGAAAUACGUAUAGCCAAAGUCUGCAUGGGUCUGUUCUUCCUCUUCCUCGUCUCAUGGGUCCCUUACGCUACCGUCGCCCUCAUCGGAGCUUUUGGAGACAGGAGUAAACUGACGCCUUUGGUAUCCAUGUUACCCGCCCUUACUUGCAAGACCGUGGCUUGCAUCGACCCGUGGAUAUACGCCAUCAAUCACCCCAGAUACAGGCUAGAGCUACAAAAGAGGCUUCCGUGGUUCUGUAUCCACGAGGAUAAACCUCAAGAGAAUUCCUCUCAGACAUCAAAUGCUACAGAGAAGGCUUAGACUCAAGGAGAAGAAGAGGACAAUAAAUUCUUGUUAACUUCCUUUAAUUUAACCAUUUUUAUUUCUAAAAAUUAUGUCCCGUGAUCCUUUUUUUUCCAAUCUUCAUCUAUCAGCCUAUAGUUUCCUCGGGAGUCCAGACUCCAGAGGUUUCUGUGAACACACAAUUAAGGCAGUCUCUUCUAACCUUCAUUUUCCUUUAAAACAAGACGACCCUUCGCUAACGAUGACGGCAGAUUCUACUUUUCUGGGUGGUUUUGUGAAACGAAGUAAUUCGAAUUCCUUGUAGUGAGACCUUUGUCCCAGUUUCUGGGAAGUUUCCUUCAUAUUUCUCUUUAACCCUUGUCCUCUAGUAAUAAACCCCGCAAG